GUGAAAUAGUGUUUGACGCUCAGUCUUCUACAGUCUUCUAUGGUCUUCGGUCUUUCGUCGUUCGCGUACGUUUGCGUUUGACAUUCGUGUCAAGAAGUCCGCUUCUAAUUAAACAAGUUUCCUGCGAAAAGCAUUGCUGGUUAAAUAGAACGAAUCAGUUAUGGCUCGUACCAAGCAAACAGCUCGUAAGUCGACCGGUGGUAAGGCACCCAGGAAGCAACUUGCCACUAAAGCAGCGCGUAAAAGCGCGCCGUCCACUGGAGGUGUCAAGAAACCACAUCGUUAUAGGCCUGGUACUGUAGCUCUAAGAGAAAUUCGAAGAUAUCAGAAGUCGACCGAGUUGUUGAUCAGGAAAUUGCCGUUUCAACGUUUGGUUCGUGAAAUUGCUCAGGACUUCAAGACCGAUUUGCGUUUUCAAAGUGCCGCUAUAGGGGCUCUUCAGGAAGCAUCAGAAGCUUAUUUGGUUGGCUUGUUCGAGGAUACCAAUUUGUGCGCCAUUCACGCCAAACGCGUUACUAUCAUGCCAAAAGAUAUUCAGUUAGCGCGACGAAUUCGCGGUGAACGCGCUUAAAUCAUUCAUGCUUUUAACAAUUUUUCUCAUUUUCUUAUCAUUUGGACAUUUUACGUUUUAAACAAUCUAAAAAUUAUAUUAUUAACUUUUUUCCAUAUAUAUAUUUACCAUAGUUUAUACACUGCCAAUCAUUACAGUAGAGAUGUUAAAAGAAGAAUAAUGAACGAGUCUGUAAUAAAUUCCAUAAUAUGAUAAAACAUAACAUAAUUCAUGAUACAUUGACAAAAAAAGAUAAAAAUGAAAAAAAUAAAUAAUUUAUUUGUCGUUUUUUAUAUUUCAAUAGAUAGAGAAAUAACGUACAUAGCAAUAUUGCGUAUAGAUUUUGCAUAUCCUUUUCCUUAAAAACAAAUCCAAGAGUUAACAUUUUUAUUUUAAUACCUUAACCAACUUUGUUUUGUAGUAAUUUGCAGAUUAUCUUAUUCCAAUUUAUAACGUCUUUACACAUAAAUAAAAUUGCUAAUACUUAUUAAUAUAGACUUUCACACAUAAAAUGUAGAGUAUAAAACAAUUGAAAAUGUAUACUGUGUAUAUGUAUAUAUAUUUUAUAUAUACAUAUGUACACGGCUGUUUAUCGAGAACGUGAGAUGUGUGGAAAAGUUUAUUAUAAGUUUAUUAGUCGUAUUAGUUUAUUCAUCGUAUAUUAUUACAUGUGACACAUGUAUAUCGAUCCGUAUUUUUCAUUCUUUAAAAACUCUAGAAUUAAAAAUGUACUCCAAGUGAUGUCAUAUAUGUCUCAUGUAUUUUAUUAAAGAUAUGACAAGAAAA